AUGCAACAUGCAGGUAAAUGCCUGGAUGCAAGACUGAUACAGUUACUCCAGAGCAUCGGUUCUGAAAAUACAGGAGCAGAUCCAAACACAGAAGGUGACAAAUCAGCCCAAACUGCUUCAAAUUCUGAUGAAUUUGACAAUGAUGGUCAACAAAAUGCAGGACAUGCAAGACCGAUACAGCCACUCGACAGCACCGCUUCUAAAAAUACAGGAGCAGAUCAUGUUGAUCUACAAAACUUAGGACCUAGUACUCCUGCCAAUUCCAAUGAAGCUGUCUUGAAGACUCUUAGAAAUUUGAUUAAAGUUCCCUUAGCAGAUCGCGAUUAUACAAAGCUUGGAGAGUUGUGUGUGUGGGACUUUGCAGGACACUUUGUAUUCUACACAACCCACCACACGUUCCUGACCCAUCGGGCUGUGUAUCUACUGGUCACCAGGCUUGACCAAAACAUCAACGACACUGUAAACAAUGACCAAUGCUUUAUUGACGCCACCGGCUGCAAGGAAAUGAAGAUCAAAGAUUUUGUAUCGUACUGGAUGAACUCUGUCCACCUAUACAGCGGUGCUGCUGAGCACCUGCCGCCUGUGAUACUUGUGGGAACACACCUGGACAAGGUUGAGGGAGACAUUGAAAAGAAGACAAACACAUACUUUGAGGAUCUCCGGAGGUAUCUGUUGGACAUGGAGUCACCCACUUCAAGUCACCUGAUUGACACAGACUACACUGUUUCAAAUCCUCCUGAUGAGCUGGAAAUUGGAAACCUUAGACAAAAAAUUGUUGACCUUGCAUCUAAGCAAGCAUACUGGGGAGAAAAGAUUCCAGCCAAAUGGAUAACCCUGGAAAAAGCUUUGAUGGAAAAGAAGAUUGAAGGUGUCAAUAUUAUGUCAUAUGACAAUGUUGUAGAGCUAGACAAAAGUACUGGAGUUCCCAUUGAUGACCAAGAGAAAAUAGAUCUGUUCUUGCGCUUUCAGCACGCUAAAGGAAAUAUGAUUUACUUCAAUGAAGAUUGUCUUCGGAAUUACAUAGUUCUCAAUCCACAGUGGCUGAUAGAUGCAUUCAAAUGUAUCAUCACAGCUCAGCAAUUCUGCACCAAGAACCCCGCUUUGGUAAAGCACUGGAAGGCCCUCGACAAAACUGGAAAGCUGUAUCUAGGUAUGGUGGAUGAAAUAUUUAGAAGAGAAGAAAAAUUCUGUCGACAUAAAAAGCAUAUACUGGGUCUGAUGGAACGUCUUCACAUCAUAAGCCACCACGUAGUGGACAAAGAUGAUGACAAAAGCAACACAUCAGAAGAGUUCUACUUCGUGCCAUCAUUACUAAAGGACAAAGUUACAGAGUGCGAAAUAGAAAACUAUGUCAAAGGCACAAACGGAACCCCCUACUUGUGUUACGUCUUUGAGAACAAUUUCCUGCCAACCGCUGUGUUCCAUCGUCUCAUUGCUGCCUGUCUGUCCGAAUACACAGUAGCAAAACAGGAAUCAAAAUUCCUGAUAUUCUGUGGAUGUGGGAUCUUUGAUCUGAAUGGUGGGCUGACACGUCUAGUGGUGGCUUUCUAUGACAGCGUCAUUCAAAUUGGACUGUUCAGGCUCAGUGAAGGAGGAUUUGCACCAGAAACCUCUACAUGUCUUUCGGUACGACAGUUUGUAACAGAGACCCUGGAGCGUGUUCUAGGCCGAUACGACAUGAACUUGCCAUUCACACUGAAUUUAAAGUGUGAGAAGAGUCAUCAUCUAUCUCAUGAAGGUUUGCUGUCAGUAGAUGAUGUAAUAACAGGAGGUAAAGAAGUGGCGUGUCAUGGCCAUGAGAAGGAUAACCACACCAUCACCAGACAUAGCCUCCUACAUCUUUGGUUCCCUGCUCAGGUAUCAGCUACAGACCCCAACCAGGGAGAAGUUGACGGUGGUCCCCCGAUGACAAAUGUAGCAGGGGCCUGUGCCCGUACCCAUCAGAUGGCCGUUACUGGGACAACCCUGGGAAGGGACCAAGAAACCUACCUUUGUGAUUCUGUGGGUUGGCAGUUUUACCUUGACUACUUGGCCUCCAAACUUGCUGCAGAAAUUUCAAAAAUGUCUGUUUACUUGGGUCUGGAGUCUGCAAAAUGGGAUGAAAUUAAAAUCAGGUGCAAGUCGAACCUUCAUGAAAUGUGCUUCAAUGUUCUAUGGACGUGGUAUGGAAGGAAUCUAGACAGGGAGACACGCAUGAAGCAAAUGAGCACUGCCUUAAAUGACUCGGAUCGCGCAGACCUGGCCAAGGAACUGAUGGAAGGAAAGGUGCCAGUUCCAGAAAACUACUUGUACCAUGGUGAGAUUAAAAACCCUGAUGCGAGAGUUAGCAGUAGCGAUGCCCGCAAAGUCAUAAAAUAUCUGACCUUGACUUGCCAGAGUCUGGCACGUUAUUUUGGACUAGAUGAAAACAAUAUUCAGUGUAUCUGCAUUGACAAUAAUGAUGACAUACAGGAACAGUCAUACAACACCAUAAUGGUGUGUAUCAAACAAAAGAAGCUCAAAAACCGACGGCAGCUGUGUAAUGGCCUUGCUUACCUAGAACAAUUCACAACUGUAUCAGAGCUUAACCAGAUGUGGUGACCUCGUUCGUAUUUGUGCCUUAAUUACUCAUUAGUUUGAAUGAGACGCUGACAAAUUAUGUAUUUUUGAUGUAGUUUCAUUUGAGGAAUAUAUUUUGGUGAAUUUUGAAGGGUAACACUCAACAAUAGUCUCUGAAUUUAAAUAUUCUGAUCAACAAAAGCAAGGUUCACAUAUUUACAAUUACUGCAAAGUUUAACUGAAAUUAUUCUUUAUUAUAAAUUCUUGCAACAUGUCCUAUUUCACAUUAUAUAAAAACUAACUUAGACAAAAUAGCAUUGCCUAGAGAAAGCAAGCUGAUAAGGGGAAAUAGUUUGAUCGUCCCCAUCAGUUGUCACUAUACUGUAUAGCGGUUAUAUUUCGUGGGGGACUAAUAUCCGCGAAUUCUUAACACCAGCUAAUUUAUCAAAAAUGUUAACUACUUUUACGGACCUUGUCACAUCAUGUUGAAAAUACUUAUAACCCAACGCUGUAAUGCAAGCUUAAAUGAACUGGAAUCAGAUUAUCACCGGAAAACUGGACAGUCCAUGUACAAACAACACUUACAUGUAAGUGGUCACAACAUUUUUAGCUCAGCUGGCCCGAAGGUGAGGUGAUAAGAUGAGAGUGAGGACGAUACGAGCUUAUGCCAUGGUGCGGCGUCCGUCGUCCGUCCGUCGUCAACUUUUUACUUAAAAAACUUCUUCUGAAAAAC